AUGGUUAAUAAGGAAGAGAAUCCUAUGCGCGAUAUACGCGUUAAAAAACUUGUCCUCAACAUAGGUGUCGGUGAAUCUGGCGAUAGACUUACUAGAGCUGGAAAAGUGCUGGAACAGCUAACGGAUCAAAGGCCUGUUUUUUCCAAAUGUCGACUUACCAUUCGUUCUUUUGGAGUGAGGAGGAAUGAAAAGAUUGCUUGUCACGUGACAGUUAGGGGCAAGAAAGCAAUGGACAUUCUAGAGCGUGGAUUGAAGGUUAAAGAAUAUGAGUUGAAAAGGAAGAACUUUUCGGAUACUGGAAACUUUGGCUUUGGAAUCCAAGAACAUAUAGAUUUGGGGUUGAAGUAUGAUCCGUCAACGGGUAUUUAUGGAAUGGAUUUUUACGUACAAUUGGCUAGACCUGGAUAUCGCGUUUGCAAGAGGAGGAAGUGUAAGAGUAAGAUUGGAGCUUCUCACAAGAUUACCAAGGAAGACGCCAUGGAAUGGUUUAAGAAGACAUAUGAUGGAAUAAUCUUCAAUAACUAA